UCUGUCCUGGCUGGUCCCUUUCGCGAGGAUGAAAGCUCAGCUUCCCAGCCUGGGGAUGCAGUAGGCGGUGGCCCCCGAGAGAAGACGGAGCCCUCAACUUGUAGGCAGCGGUGUGUGUAAGGGGUGGGGGCGUUUCUUUUAAGGGAGAUCUUCAAACUCCUGCGCUCGGGACCUUCUUCGCCUCUGGACCGGCAGAGGAGGCGGCGAGGCGCCCCGGCGGCUGCAGCCGCCCAGCCGAGUCUCCCUCUCUCCCUGCGCCCCGGAGCCAUGCCUUCGCCGCCGCCGCUGCCCUGCCGGGGCUGGACGCUGGCGCUGCUCACGCUGCUGGUGGGGAUCCUCAUCUUCGCGGACAUCUCCGAGAUCGAGCUGGAAAUCGGGAAUUCUGGAAGCAGGGGUGCAAUCAGAUCGGCACUGAGCAGCUUACAUGGCAAACCAAAUAGAGCCGAAGUGCUAAUAAAUGGCUCCUUAUCUCCAGCUGUUGUUGACAGAAGCAAUGAAAGUAUUAAGCACCAUCCAACUCCAUCCAAAUGGGAACACAACCAGACUCUCUCUUUGAAGAUCAGAAAGCACAUCUUGAAGUUUUUGGAUGCUGAAAAAGACAUCUCAGUGCUCAAGGGAACUCUCAAGCCUGGGGAUAUUAUCCACUAUGUGUUUGACAGAGACAGCACAAUGAACGUUUCCCAAAACCUCUACGCCCUCCUGCCCAGGACAUCACCACUGAAAGGCAAACACUUUCAGACAUGCGCCAUUGUGGGCAACUCGGGCAUCCUGUUGAACAGCAGCUGUGGAGAGGAAAUUGACGCUCACAACUUUGUGAUAAGGUGCAACCUCGCCCCGGUCCAAGAGUACACCCGGGACGUGGGGACCAAGACAGAUCUGGUGACCAUGAACCCAUCGGUCAUCCAGCGUGCUUUCGAGGACCUGGUGAACGACACCUGGCGGGAGAAGCUGCUCCAGCGCCUGCACAGCCUCAAUGGCAGCAUCCUCUGGAUCCCAGCCUUCAUGGCCAAAGGAGGCAAGGAGCGCGUGGAGUGGGUCAACGAGCUCAUCCUCAAGCACCGCAUCAACGUCCGCACCGCCUACCCAUCCUUGCGGCUGCUGCACGCUGUCCGAGGGUAUUGGCUGACAAACAAAGUGUACAUAAAACGCCCAACCACCGGACUGCUCAUGUACACCCUGGCCACUCGCUUCUGCAACCGGAUCCAUCUCUACGGCUUCUGGCCCUUUCCUCGGGACCAAGACCAGAAGCCCGUGAAGUAUCACUACUACGACACUCUGAGAUAUGGCUACACAUCGCAGGCCAGCCCUCACACCAUGCCCUUGGAGUUCAAAGCCCUGAAGGCCUUGCACCAGCAAGGAGCCUUGAAACUCACUGUGGGGGAGUGUGAGGGGGCCACGUAG